CGGCAAAAAAACAAACGUGCGCGGCUCUCGGAUCGGCUUGUUUCUCCACUUUCAUCGACUUCCGUUUUUGCGGACGAGGAGGCGAUUCCAUUUCAUCGAACGCGACAAGGCCGCCGAGCGAAGCGGUGACGCUCGGAACUCGCCUCUAUAUCGCAAACGUCGCCUUCGCCGUCGUCAUAGCUGCUGGUGCCGCGCUGCCUGGCUUUCACUUUUCCUGGCGAUAUCUCAGGCGGUAUCAUCUUGAUCACGCGCGACAUAACCGGCGAAAUGGAACGGAAAGUGAUAAUAACGUUGGACGAGCGAAACAUCUUAUUGGCCUUGUGCUUUCUCAUCACGUCAAUUAGCUUCGCGUCGGCGUACGAUCCGAACGAUAAAUCCCUGAAGGAUAUUCUCUUGCCCGAGGGUCAAUUCGAGGCGUUCUAUCUGAAAGGUACGCAAGACGAGGAACAAAACGCAGUGAGGCCGCCCCAUCUUCACGGAUCCUUUCAUCAAUAUCGAAAUCCCGCGUUGGUCGACGCGCCGAACAGCGCGGCGUACGGUUUCCGGUUCGAUGGGAAACGCCGUUUCAAUUUCAGUUGAGCGUUUUUGCGGCACUUUAAACAAUUUAACACUGACAUUACCGACGCGCUUUCGUCAGCAAUUGCGGUGGGAUAUGAAAAUUAAGAAUGCGCAUGAGUCUGACCGAUUAGCGGUUAGCGGUUAGCAUCACUUUGUGCAGUCGUGCGUAUUACGCGAAAGUGUUGAUACGUAAGAAAAUUCUAGAGAUAUAGAUAUUUACAUAUAAUCGCUUUUCUCGAAGCAAGAGAAUUUCAAAUACAUGCGUAUGCAAAUGUAAAAUGAAAUAUUGCUUUUUUCGAAUAAAUGUUUUGCGAGGAAACAAAAUAUACAUAGUGUUUUUCUUCCUUAUACGUUUUUACUUAUACUUUGUGUUAUAUUUAUUGACUCAGAUGUAUUUUAUUAAUUUAAAAUCUCAAAAAGCUGAACGCGCGCGUGCAAAUCAAACAAAAUGAAUAAAAAUAUAUUUGAAGAAAUUCUCUCGCGCGUAACGAUAACAUGAUUAAUGAACGCCGCUUUAUAAAAUUAUAAGAUAUAUUUCUUCUUGUCUCUAAGGUAGUUAUUAAAUUAGUCAAGCUACAUUACAUUAAUAAUUUUUGAUCGUAAAUCAUUUUCAA